UUUCUCUGUCAAAUAAAUAAAUAAGUCUUAAAAGAAAAUUAUGAGCUCUUUAAGGACCAGGAAUGUUAGUCAUCUUUGGAUUCGACAGCGUCUAGCACCAGGUCUUAGACGGGGUAGGUGCUCAAUAAGUAAAUGGUUGAUGAAUGAGUAUAUGAAAGGAAGGAACAGAUCUCUGGGGCAGGUGUAAUGAGUCCUGUUCUGCCAGGUGCCUCCGCAGCUCCCACUUUUCUUAUUCCUGGGGUUUUGUGUCAUUGGAUGGUAAGGAUAGCAGUGAACUUGGGUUGAGGGCUUGCUGUGUACCAGGCACAGUACUAAACACUUUUCCUGUGUUAAGUUAGUUAAUUCUCACAGCCCUUUGAGGUAGGUACUAUUUUUUUCCACAUUUUUAUUUAAAUUCUAGUUAGUUAACAUAUGGUGUGGUAUUGACUUCAGUGAUUCAUCGCUUCCAUGCACCACCCAGUGCUCAUCACAACAGGUGCCCUCCUUACUGCCUGUCCCCCGUCUAGCCCAUCCCCUGCCCACUGCCCUCCAGGGAGGUGCUAUUUUUAGGUCCUAUAUUAGAGAUGAGGAGACAGAUUUUAGAGAGGCUGAGCUCACAAAGACAAGAAUAGGUGGAACUGGGUUGAUGUUCCAUAGCCUCUGUGAUGAACUAGGAUCAUCUCUGGAUGGGCAGCUUGGGAACACUAGGCCCUCCUCUCCUUCCUCCCUGCAUAGCAGGGGUGAGGCAGAAGAAUGGACACAAGGAUCUGGUAUGAAGACUGUGGGAUGGACGGUGGUGCCCUUCUCCCCAUCCUUCUUGGCUUGAGGGGCGUAUGGUUUGCAUUGCUCGCCACCAGAGGGAGCAGAGGCAGGGCAGCCCAGUGGGUGAGGCCUUCCGUCGGCUGUCACUGCCAGGGUCUGGUGUCCAUUACUCCAGAGGAACGUUUAGGUUGAGACAACCUCCCUACUACACACCAAAAAGGGUCCUAGAUUGAGACCUUCCAUCUAAGUGCCCUCAGACUGAGAGACCCCAGAAGGACCCCCAGGCUGGGACUCUGAGGGGUUAUUUGGCUGAAGACAUUCCAGAGGGGAUCUCACAGGGGGCUUCCCCGCAGCGAGAGACUCUAGGAGGGCCCCCCAGACUGAGACUCCUCAGUGGGAUCCAAGUUUGAGGCACUCUUGGAGAAACCCUCAGAUUGAGCCCCUCAGGGGGGUCCCCAGAUUGAGACCCUCUGAGGAACACAAGAUGAUGAGAUACUCUUGGGAGGGCAUUUUCAUGGAGACACUUCUAGAAGUAGAGGGGAGCCCUAGAAGGAGACACAGGGACGGGCUGGGAGGGGCGUGGGAGACAUGCUCCUGACCUCAGAGUUCAGGCUUUGGGCCCCACCCCAUCCUUGCCUUGACCCACACUAACUCACCUGCCCUUCUCCCUUCCCCCUCCCCAUCAGGUGAGGAGGUCCACUGGGGUCAUUCCAGGCUUCCUGGGAUGUCAUCCUGGGCACUGGAUUGGGGUGGGGGUGUUAGGGAAGGCAUGGGUUUCUGAGGGAGGGAGAAGUAGGCAGCCCAACCUGUUUGGAGAGGUUGUUAACUGCCAGGUAACCCAUCUGGGUCUCUCUCACUCAUGUGCUUGCUGGCUGAGGGGAGCUGAAGGGGAGUCGGGACAACACUCAGUCGGGUCCCCUCUACCAGGCUGCCCUUCUGUGGCUCCUUCCCCACCUCUCAGCCAUGGGGACUGCAGGCAGAUCAUGAGCCAUCGGCUCCCCUGCGGCCAGCUGUAGGACAACACAACUCUGACCAGGAUAAGCACACUGGGCACCAUGGGACAGUGUCGGUCAGCCAAUGCUGAGGAUGCGCAGGAAUUCAGCGACGUGGAGAGGGCCAUUGAGACCCUCAUCAAGAACUUCCACCAGUACUCUGUGGAGGGUGGGAAGGAGACGCUGACUGCCUCCGAACUACAGGACCUGGUCACCCAGCAGCUGCCCCACCUCAUUCAGAGCAACUGUGGGCUGGAAGAGAAAAUUGCCAACUUGGGCAGCUGUACCGAUUCUAAACUGGAGUUUGGGAGUUUCUGGGAGCUGAUUGGAGAAGCAGCCAGGAGUGUGAAGCUGGAGAGCCCUGUCCGGGGCAGCUGAGAACAUUUUCCUGGAAUUCUUGGGGGGGAUGUUGGGGUCUAGAAAUAAAAGUCCUCUCC